AUGGACGACCCAUCCAAAGUGCACAUCUUUGUCAAGAAUCUCGCCGGCAGGAAAAUCUGUCUCAGAGGGGUCCACUUCUCAGACACCGUUUACACCAUCAAGGCAAAGAUCCAGGAGCAGUACCGCCUCGUCUUCGACAGGGUGCAGCUGGAAGACAGCCGUACAUUGGCUGAUUAUGGCAUAAGGCAUGAUUCCACGCUUGACCUCCAAGAAAAGAUGCAAAUCUUCGUGACGGAGACGCUGAGAGGAAGGACCAUCACUCUCGAGGUCGACAGCCUAGACACCAUUGACAAGGUGAAGGCCAAGAUCGAAGACAUUGAGAGCUUUCCCAAGGUCCAGCAGUGCCUCAUCUUUGCCAACAAACAGCUAGAGGACGACAGGCGCACCUUGGCUGACCACAACAUUUCGAAAGGGUCCACUCUUCUCUUCAUACUCCUCCCGUGUAGGCCAGUAGAAAGUAGGAUGAUCCAAAUCAUUGUCAAGUCCCUGGACGGGAAGACCCUGACCCUUGAGGUCGGGAGCUCGGACACCAUCAACAGUGUCAAGGUGAAGAUCUAUGAGAAAGAGUUCAUUCCCCCUAGACAGCAGCGCAUCCUCUUUGCUGGCGAGCAGCUGGAGGACCAGCGCACCCUGGCGGACUACAAGAUUCUGAGCAAUUCUACCCUUGUUCUGGUGCUCCGGCUUUGUGGUUGCUGA